GUACAGUCAUCGUAGUACAGUAUUCAUCCGACGUUCACUGUACAAGCAGUUUCUUAGCGAUUUCGUCCGCCGUGUGCCUGUGGUGAGACCAUCUUUCCCAACCAGUCUUUUUCAGGAGCCACCAGAGAAGGCACAACAUAGCCACAUCCGGGUUGGGCAGUGGUCAGCGUGGCGGAUUAGCGUCAGCGUUAAUUGCCUAAUCGGAUUCCUGGGCUAAUUUUUCAUCCGCUGGAGUUAAUGCAAGCAACGGCCAUGUAGCCUAACCCUGUACAGGAUCUCUGUUCGCCGUAAUAAUUGUAUAUAUGUGUUUGUGCCAUGCGGAGUUCGCUGGGUUUUGUUUGGAUGUCGGGAUUGUUUGUUUGACUAACAUGUUCGUUAUGGACUUUACUUACACAACGGUUAGACAAAAGACGACGUUCUUGCCGGUAGGUAGCGUUCGACGGGCACCGCUCAGCCGGACGAUCCUGCACUUGAUCUUCGUCGUCAGCACUGGCGGUUUUCUGCUACAACUAGCCCAGGCCGACAUGCUGGGCCUGCCGUCCUCGGCCGGUUCGAACUAUAUCCCGCGCAUCCGGCCGGACUUUGAUCUCCACGACAUUCCCUGCGAUCUCAGCCGGCCGGACAAGCCCUGCACCCUGCCCGGCAAAUCCUACCCCUGGUUCGCCAUGAACAGCUACAUCGAGGACAACAAGGCCAUGCUCAAGCGCAUGUACGGCGACACGUGCGAGCGUGAUGCCGGCAAGCACGCGCGGCUGCGUGCGCAAGGCCCCAUGAGCCGGCAGGGACGCGAGCAGGAUAAGCCCGAUGUCGGCUUCGUGAACGCAUGUCCGUCGGAGCAGUUUGUGGUGACGCCGUUCUGGGCGAACAACAGCGCCGGAACUACUCUGGCUAUUGUUAAUUUCCAUCCCUUUGAACAAGCUGUGCAACAGGAAGUCUGCAAACCCGGCACUUCCGGGCGCUGCCGUGACGGUUGUCGGUGUGAGCAGAAAUACUCGUGGUAUCGGCUCCUCGCGUUUGACCCAAGGAACGAAUGCCGCGGCAUUUUUAUGGACUGGUUCCAGUUCCCAUCGUGCUGCGCCUGCCACUGCUACGAAGUGGACCCCUCCAGCAAAGAGGAAUCCCAUUUAGACCUGCCCCUCCCCAAAAUGGGCACCCUUACCAGCCCCGCCCCUUCAGCCACCACCGCUCUCUCUGCCUCCAACAACACCACGGAGGCGGACUUUGACUACGACAACGAGACGGACCCCACCACCACCCCACUGGCCACCGUCACCGCGACCACCACCCCCAUCCCUAACACGGUGACGACCACCGCGACCCCCUCAACCGCAAAGGUAACAAGCAUUCCCCCCACCACUAAAACCACCACCGACGCCGCACUAAAUCUAACCCUGACCUCGCCAGCCCCGGUUUACGCUGCCGGCGUCCUCAAGUUCCCGUAUCCGGGAUACAACCGCACCGACUACAUCGCCGCUCUGGGUAAACCGUACAGUUACAGCAACGCCACCCACUACCGACGGCGGGUGGCCGCCACUGUACCGCCGACUGCGGCCCCUGCUUCCCUUCCCCUGGCCACCGCGGAUCCGGGUGGUCUGAGGAAUUCCACGGCGGCGCCCCUGGCCUCGACUACCUCCGAGGGCGCCGACAACGCCAUCGCGUCCGGCAGAGAUACUUACCUGGAACUGUGGAAAUCCGUCCACCCGGCGCUGCGCAAGAAUCGUGUUCCUCGAAUUUAAUUUUUUCCCUUCGAUUCUAAUUUCAACGCGUUUCUUGUAUAGUUAUUUUGAAUUUUCGACAGUUAUUUUCACAGCUAUUAUUAAUCAGCAAGUAAGUUUUUCUGGGAUGGAGUAAUCUGGUUUCAAAUUUAUUGUUUUUAAUUAAGGGAGUUCUGUGGACAUUUUACCUGUCUGUUUUCUGCGAUUACACACAACGAUACUGCAGCGGCGGAAAGGUCAUUAUCACAUAACAACAGUAUAAAAAAUGGCCA